AUGGAGGGAUCUUAUAAUGUCCUCGUGACCGGCUCGUCAGGUCACCUGGGCGCAGCUCUCAUGCUCAAGCUGCCCAGCCUCGGCUACUCACCUCUAGGCAUCGACAUUCUGUCCUCGCCAACGACACACCAUAUCGGCUCCGUGUCGGAUCGCAGCUUUAUCUUUUCCAUCCUCGCUGCCAAUCCUACCAUCACGCGCAUUGUACACGCGGCCACACUCCACAAACCUCACAUUGGGAGCCAUACGCAGCAGGACUUUAUCGACACCAAUAUCACAGGCACCCUCGUUCUGCUCGAAUGCGCCGCCACACUUCCAAUCCUGCAGAGCUUCGUCUUCAUCAGCACCACCUCGACUUUUGGCUCGGUUCUGAGCCCGGUACCAGGCCAACCCGCCGUCUGGAUCGACGAGUCCGUCACGCCCUCGCCCAAGAACAUUUACGGCGUGACAAAGUGCGCCGCCGAGGACCUCUGCCUGCUCGCCUCCCAGCAGAAGCAGACGGCGCUGCCCGUCGUCAUCCUGCGCACGUCUCGCUUCUUUCCAGAGGGCGACGACGACGACGAUCGUCGCGCCAGCAUGACCGAUGACAACCUCAAGGUCCUCGAGCUGGCCUACCGACGCUGCGACAUUGCCGACAUUGUCACGGCCUGUGAUCUGGCCAUGCAGCGCGCCCACACGCUGAACGGCGAGCGCUUUGUCAUUAGCGCACCGCCGCCCUUUACGAGGGACGAGGCGGUGCUGAGGGCGCUGAACGACGAUUCACGCAGCGUCUUCCGCCAGUGCACGCCCGAGACCCUUGAUGUGUUCAAGGCUAAGGGCUGGAGGUUCCUGCAGAGGAUGGACCGCGUGUACGACUCGCACAAGGCUGAGGAGAUGCUGGGCUGGCAGCCGCAGUAUACGUUUGAAAGAGCGGUGCAGAUGGUGGCGGAGGGGAGAGAGUGGAGGAGCGAGCUCGCACUGCAGGUGGGCAAGAAGGGGUACCACCCUGUCUCGACGGGCGUGUACACGGCGCGGUGA